CAAGUAACCCAUGAUUGAAAAACGACGUUUUAAAAUUAAAUACCCUCGACAGCCAUGCUCAUACGCCUCCUACUUUUUAACGCCCGUGAUAGCUUCACUUCACUAGUAAACUCGCCCACGGUCAAGGCCACGACGGAAUCCGCAUGCACUCACAAUGAGCGACGUAUCGCAGCCUGCCAAAUGUGUCGGAGCGUUUGCGAGUUGCGAAAGAUGCAAUCGCAAGCUCCACCCCGGAGCUCAUUCUCGGUGAAAUCUAUGCCAGGCCAUGAGGCAAGCUCAUGAUCAAUGAGAAAGGAAAGAAAGGAAUAACGGAUAAAAAAAAAGGAAAAAGAAAAUGACGAGCGUGCAACGCUGCUGUUGCUCGUUCUCCAGCGAUCUAGACGCCGCUAACAAAUAAGGAGUACGUCGUCGCCGCGCAGAUAUGGCGACCGUAUAGGAGAACGUGUCGCAUCCGUCGUAAGGAGAACGUGUCGCAUCCGCUCAUUACCGUUACCGCAGGAAACGCGUGAAGAGCGCCAGAUAUGCCGGGCAGGCAGCCGCGGCUGCAACGAGAUCAAGAGCGAUGUCAACAUGUGGUAGAAUAGUCUCAGCGGGUCGUAUACGAAAGACAAAGGAAGCGAGGGCGAGCAGUGAAGGAGAGUGCGGCCGAUGACGUCUACCGAGGGGAGGAACCCGCACGUGGCCACCGGGCCAUGGUGGUUGAAGAGAGCCGGCCGACCCCGACCUUACGGCAUUCGAGACCCCGACUUCGUUCGGGGAGGUUGUCGCUCUCCUAAAAGCAACAGCGGCGACUCGUCAAGCAUCUGCCUCUUCGCAGUGGUUUUUGAGGGAACAGCGGUCCUAGGCCCUCGAAGCAUGACGGUCGUGCGUCGGUCGUCCGUCUGCUUGGCCGUUGUCCUGGUCUGCGACAUACUGUCGCACGGAGUCGAGGCCGCGUACGGCAUCAAAACCAAAAACUAUGGUUCUGGCAGUGUCAAGAGUCCCAUUAGGGAGAGGAUUGAAAUGUCCCACAACUACCGCACUGGCGCCAUCAAAAGUCCAGUGAUGGAGAGAAUCGAAAUGUCCAGGAACUCGAGUGCAUGGUGUGACGUUCCACCAAACCCCAACGCUGCGUCGACAUCUUGCCAAAGAAAGAGAGGCAGCAUGCGAUGUACAGCCAACUGCAUGACUGGAUUCGAGUUUCCCGACGGUAAACGGCACAUGACACUGAACUGCGAUCUCACGACACGCCAGUGGACGCCACUUCAGCAGUUUCCCGACUGCCAAGGAGUCUGUCGGCCUCCUUGCCUACACGGAGGUCGAUGCUACGGCAACAACCGCUGCGUGUGCUCCAAUCAGUACAGGGGAGACCAUUGCCAGUACCCCAUCAGCCUGUGCGACGGUCACAUGCUGGGCGCGGGAGGAUCAUCGUGGCACUGCAACCACACACACGUGGAGACCCUCUGCGAAGUGUCGUGUCCCGCGGGAUUCGUCUUCCAGUCGCCCGGAGCAGCACCAGUGUACCGGUGCAGCCUGCAGGGUGUCUGGGACCCACCCAUCGUUCCACCGUGCGUGCCCGACUAUACAAGUUCUUCCCGGACGAACGUCACAGCGCAGGGAGGCUUCCACCAGGGCCAGCAGACCAUAACGGAGGUUGAUGAGCAUAACGGACAAAAUCAGCAGCAACAGAAGCCGGACGUCGGAGAUCAUGUCACAGAAGCCUCCUCCAAGAAGAACUUGACCAGCGAAUCGCAAACAGCCAACGGUUUCGACCUGCCACCACAUGAGAUUCCUGGAGAAAAUGAACUUCCGCCACCGUCCACAGGCGUAUGCAGCACGUGGGGUCACUUCCAGUUCAAGAGCUUUGACGGCACCCUGUUCCGCUUCGCGGGUGCCUGCAGCUACGUGUUGCUCAAGGACUGCGCCCAGCCAGACACCUCAGCAAAGUUCGCGCUGGAACUGCAGUACUCUGCGGGCUGCCCCGAUGCGGCGAACUGCACUCGAAUUCUGCACCUUGUUGGUGCGGCAGCCGGUGAGCGAGUGAGCCUGCCUCUGGGCCUGCCACCGCCAGAGGACGCGCAACCACUUGUUGAUGCCAUUCCUGGCCUGAGCGCGCAGUACGCUGGGAAAUACCUGGUGCUCCAAAGUACGCAAGGAUACACUGUGUGGAUCGACAAGGAGUCUGUUCAGAUUCGAGUAACGCCCGCUCUACGCGAGACGGCAUGCGGCCUCUGCGGACACUUUGACGGGGAACCAUCCAACGACCUGAUGGUUCUGGAUGCCAGAAGUGCCCUCACGCCGCGGGAGUUUGGAAUAUCCUGGGUAGUUGAAAGAGAUUGCAUCCACAGUGGCCUUGAAAGGGAAGCCUGCGCUAUCCAGUCCAGUGCAGACAAGAACGUCUCCCUGACAGCUUUUGACCGCUGCUCCAUCAUCUUCAACGACAUCUACAGAGAGUGCCACAAGGUGUUGAAGCCGAACCACUUCUUCGAGUCCUGCCAGCAAGACUGCUGUGACAGGCGGUCGCCAUGGGGCUGCGAGUGUGCCACGUUGGACGAGUACUUCCGAGAAUGCCAACGCCUCGGCGUUCAGCUCCAAGAAACCUGGAGAAGAGACACCGUCUGCCCUCACACCUGCGACGGCGGCAGGGAAUACCGGGAGUGCGGCCCCGCGUGUCGUGCCACGUGCGCUGACCGCGAGCCGGCGUGCGCGCUGAGCCAGUGCGCCUCGGGCUGCCACUGCCCCGAAGGAAUGCUUUGGGACAACGGGCGCUGCGUGGAGCCCCGCCAGUGCGCUUGCACCUUUAGGGGCCGGAAGUACCAGGCCGGCGAGCAGAUCGACCAGGACUGCAACACAUGUGUGUGUGAAGACGGCCGCUGGCAGUGCACCGCGGCCAUCUGCGACGCGACUUGCUCGGUCCUCCUGGGGAGCAUCUACAGCACCUUCGACGGCGGCCGUUUCCAGACGCGGGGCCACUGCGGGUUCAUUCUGCUACAGGCCGAAGGCAUCCGGGUAAUUCAGAACAGGCACGUUUGCGCCGGCCUGCCAAAGGACGCCGUCUGCUUGGGAGACAUACACAUACAGGUCGGCGAGAACGUCCUGAUCUCCAUCAACCAGCAGCUUCAGGUCCUCGUCAAUGCCCGAGAGCUUACGUCGCUUCCCGCUGUGCUCCCGAAUGUGACCAUCAUGAAGCCGACGUCCUUUUUUAUCGAGGUGGAGGCCAAAGGUCUGACGCUUCUCACGGACGGCAAGAGCCGCCUCGUCCUGACGGCCACCGAGGGUCUCUACACGAAGACCAUGGGCAUGUGCGGCACCUUCAACCACAACAGCCAGGACGACUUCCUGUGCCCCGGGGGGGACGUCGACUACCAGGUGGAAUCGUUUGCAAAGCAGUGGGCUGACGGCGAGUGCGCCGGCGUAGAAGCAGUGACCGCGCAGUGCGACCAGGAUUCCCUGCUCUGGCCCGAGAGCAAGCACAUCUGCAGGCAGCUCUACCAGGGAGCCUUCACUGUGUGUCAUCACUCGGUGAACCCGGACCCGUACUUCGAGCUCUGCAUCCAGGCUUCGUGCGGUUGCCACUCGGACUCCGGAGACUGCCUGUGUCCGCUGUUCUCGCACUACGCGCACGCAUGCGCUGCCAAGGGUCACGUGAUCGACUGGAGACCUCAGGUGCCCAUCUGUGGCGUCUACUGCGAGCACGGCCAGACGUACCAAAGCUGCGCUCCCGUCUGCGACUCCAGCUGCGCGCUCAUCGGACGCAACACGUCGUGCGGCGGACGCUGCGUCGAAGGCUGCGCCUGCGAGCCGGGCUUCAGCCUGGACCGCCGCGGCCGCUGCGUGCCCGUCAGCCAGUGUGGCUGCCUGUUCGCCGGACACGAGUACCCCGCGGGGUUCAAGCAGCGGAGACAUGACCAGCACUGUGAGUGCCUGGGCGCCCAGUGGCAGUGCAGACCAGCGAGCGCCGACGAAGUGAUCCUCGUGCCUCCGGCUGGAGAGUGCGGCGCAAACGAAGAGUACACCGAAUGCCGUUCCAAUUGCCCUGCCACCUGUGCUUCCCUGCAUAGCCCACCGGCUGCUGGAAGCUGCGCCGUUGACGUAUGCCAAGCGGGAUGCCAAUGCCGAAAGGGUUUCGUCCGAGACGAGAGGACCGGAUCCUGCGUUCCACCCACCUCGUGUCCCUGUCAGCACGGACUCCGAAGCUACGCCGACGGAGACAAAAUUGACAUCGAAUGCAAUCAGUGCACGUGCGAGCGUGGCCGCUGGCUGUGCACGCAGCACGAGUGCGCCGGCACGUGCGCCCUGUGGGGCGACUCGCACGUGCGCACCUUCGACGGGGUGUCGUUCGACUUCCGCGGCACGUGCGACUACGUGCUGGCCAAGGGACGCCUCUCCGGCAACGAGAGCGUCAGCGUCGUCGUGCAGAACGUGCCCUGCGGAAGCAAGUCCUCUUGCGCCAAGACCGUCAGUGUCCUCGCUGGUUCGGAGGAGCCCUUGGUGCUGACUGAGGGUCACCCGGUGCCACCUGUUCGUCAGGAAAGCGGUCUCAGCAUACGCACGAUUGGCCUCUUUGUGGCCGUCUACGUGCGUGGCAGCUUGAGCGUCUACUGGGACAAGCACACUCGCGUCUACGUUGUCGCUGGUCCGGCAUGGGCAGGAAAGCUGAGUGGCCUAUGCGGUAACUUCAACGGCGACGGCACCGACGAGUUUCGCUCCCCGUCCGGUGGACCCGCCCUUCCCCAGGCCGAAGAGUUUGUGGAUGCAUGGCGUCUGCACAGCUACUGUGCACCCACGCUGCCCGCACUGCACGGAUGCCUGCAGCGCCCCGACCGGCGAGAUUGGGCAGCUUCCCGAUGCGCAGCACUAAAGGAGCGACCCUUCCGCGAAUGCCACAGCGAGGUGGACGUGCAGCCCUUCUACGACCGAUGUGUGUCGGACACGUGCUCUUGCGACACGGGCGGCGACUGCGAGUGCCUCUGCACCGCCCUGUCCGCGUACGCCCACGAGUGCGCCCAGAGAGGAGUCCGCGUCCUCUGGCGGUCGCAAGAACUCUGCCCGGUUCAGUGCGAGACGUGCGACGAGUACUCGGCUUGCGUUAGCGGCUGCGAGCCUCCCAACUGCGCCCACCCGGCGUCCGAGACCGACUGCCCGGAGGCGGCGCCCGUGUGCCUGGAAGGCUGUGCUCCGGCGCGGUGCCCGACGGGCGAGGUGCACCGCAACGCCACGGACCACCGGUGCGUGCCUUACGCCGACUGCGAGGCCCCGCCAGAGACCGGCUGCAACGUCGGUGGAGUCCUCUACAAAGAAGGACAGCGGGUGGCCACGCCCAACCCGUGCCAGUCGUGCUACUGCAAGAAAGGUCAAAUCGAGUGCAUUGGCCGGCCGUGCCCCCUGGAGCUGAAGACUUGCAACCAGAGCGGCUGGUCGGACUGGUACAGCAUGACGACACCUGAAUUCCAGCGUGGCAACGAUUUCGAGAUCCUGCUGGCACACGCCGACCGCUGCCCGGUGGACAACAUGGCAGAGGUCGAGUGCCGUACCAUCGACGGUCACGUGCCGUGGAACGAGACCGGGGAGUCGAUGCUGUGCUCGGUUGCGACCGGGCUGCGCUGCCUCAAGGAAGACCAGUACGAUGGGUCGUGCUCCGACUACGAGAUGCGGGUCUACUGCCAGUGCGCCGAAGAAACGACACCAGCACCUUUCAUACCGACGACUGUGACACUGACCGGGCCUUACUGCGACGCAUGGACUCCGUGGAUCAACCAGGACAGUCCUUCGGACGAUGGCGGAGAGAACGAGUUGCUGGCCAACAUUCCGCGCUUCUCGGAGAUCUGUCCCGAGCUGGCAGCCGUCGAGUGUCUGCCCGUGGACCCAGCGUACAGUGGGCACGCAGAGGAAGAAAUGAACAAGUUUGCCGAGCCAUGCAAUAGGAAGGGACUCCUCUGCCUGCCUGGCACACCAUGCGUCGACUACAAAGUUCGCGCCUAUUGCAAAUGUCCAUCGACGGAAGCCCCCUCGACACAGGCGCCUGUAGUUACCACAACAAUAAGCGUGUGUCCUCCGGGCAGCCGCUGGUCCGACUGCGGCAUCCGCUGCAACGCCACCUGCGACCACUUUCUGCACGCGCUGCGCUCCGAGGGCUUCUGCGUGGGCGACGACGCGGUCUGCGUGUCCGGCUGCUUCGGCGCGGGCUCCCACUGCGGACCGGACGGCCUGCUGCACUUCGACCGCGACAGCUGCGUGCCCGCCCAGCAGUGCCCCUGCUCCGUGCCGGGCAGGGAAGCACCGCUCGCCCCGGGAGAGGUCGUGGAGCGGGACUGCGAGAAGUGCCAGUGCCUGUACAACAAAGUGAGCUGCGUCAGCGUUCCGGGCUGUGGCACAACCGCCGCACCGGAGGCGACGACGACAUCAGCUCCCACAACGGUGUGGUCACCGUCUCCCGAAGGUGGCUGCUGGACUCCCUGGUUGAACGACGACCGUCCCGAAGGACCAGGCGACUUUGAGGACCUCCGCACGCUCCAGGCUGAGGGCAAGGCGUGCGUCGAGCCUGCAGCCAUCGAGUGCCGAGUCGCCGGCGAAAAGACACACUGGACGCAGACAGGACAGAAAAUUGAAUGCUCCUUGAGGCAGGGACUGCGCUGCUGGAACAGUGACAACGGACCCCAUGGUUGCUUGGACUACGAAGUGCGCAUGUACUGCCCCUGUGUGGAAGGAGAGGAAUUUGUUACGACUACAACGGCGGAAGUGACAAUGCCAGAGUGCCGCCAGGGCUGGAGUUCAUGGAUAAACAGCCACCCAGUGGACAACCUUGGAGACCACGAAACCCUGCAGUCGGUAGUCGAGGCCGGUCUGCUGGACUGUCCGAGGCCGUCGUCGAUAGAGUGCAGGGAGGCUGGAACUCAGGUACCCUGGAAUCAGCUAGGCAUGAUUGGUGUGCGGUGCGACCUGUCGUCUGGACUACUCUGCCGUAGCAGCAGCCAGCCAAAAGGCAGGAGCUGCGCCGACUUCGAGGUGCGGUUCUACUGCGACUGCGGCGAGCCGACAACCCUACCGCCGCUCGUGACCACGACCACGACGUUCGCCCCGACCACAGUCGCUGUCGUCACGACACAGCGUCCCUGCGCCUACUGGUCCGACUGGUUUGACACAAGCCGACCCGGCGUCGAAGGCAACAAUGGUGACCGGGAGCCGGGAGUACGCGGCCACCCGCAGUUGCAGGGAUUCUGCGAGCACGGCUACGUGAGCGCGGCCAGCUGCCGCAACGACCAGGACGCCGACUUCAGCGAGACGGGCCAGCUGGGCCUGACGUGCACCCCGGAGGAUGGCUUCGCCUGCAGCGACGCGGAUCAGCCUGCCGGACGUAGAUGCGACAACUACAAGAUUCGAUUCUACUGCUCCUGCGAGGGCCCGGUAACCACGGAGAUCGUAGUCAUUCCAACAAAACCAGCGACACCGCACCCUUCCUGCAGUUCAUUCAUUCGCGUCAUCGAUGGUCCCGAACCACUGAGAGACUCGAACCUGAAGGCCAGUAGCAGCCAGGACCCAGAGAGCGGACCACAAGCAGCGCGCCUACGCAGCCUCGGAUCAUGGGUGCCAAAUCCUGGCAGCGGUACAGAGUUCAUCGAAGUGGACAUUGGAAAGGUGACGAAGGUGUACGGAAUCGAGACAGCCGGAGAUCCGGCGAUUGGAGCUUGGGUGACAUCAUUCAGCGUGCUCUACAGUCAGGAUGCCAUCGCCUACAGUCAAAUAUCUAAUCCGGACGGAUCACCCAAGGUGCUCGGCGCAAACCACGACGCCAGCUCUGUUCACAAGCAGUAUUUCGAGGAACCGUUCGAGGCCCGGUUUGUGCGCAUCCAGCCUCUCAGUUGGGAAAACCAGGUGGCGCUAAAGCUCGACCUCCUCGUCUGUGCCAUCGAGACGUUUACUGUCAAACCAACCUGGACACCGGGGUCCCACGUCAUCUGCCAGGAGCCAAUGGGACUCGAGAACGGGUUGCUGGACGAACAGGCGCUGCACGCUUCGUCCGAGCGCGACGAAGAGCACGAGGCCAAUCAGGGAAGGCUGGGUGGACACAGCUGGGUCGCUGGUGUCGCCGACAAGUACCAAUAUCUGCAGGUGGACUUUGGUGAACCCCGCGAACUAACCGCAGUGGUGACCAAGGGUCGGGAGGAAGCCGCGCAGUGGGUCUCUUCGUACACUGUGCAGCACAGCAACAAUGCGCACAGAUGGAGCACGAUCAAGGACACCAACGGAGACGAUGUGGUGUUCACGGGCAACUUCGACGCCAGCACUGCAGUAACGAGGGUGUUCCCAAGGCCUGUUAGUGCUCGCUAUCUGAGGAUUGUGCCCGUCACGUGGAAGAACUGGAUUGCCCUUCAGCUCGAAGUACUCGGAUGCGAGCCAGCGCCUAGGCCUACUGUGACUACUCCAGUACCUACCACAACGGUUACCCAGGGCGGAAUUAUAGUGGAGUUGGAGCUUGGCUGCCCGGAACCGAACGGCCUGUUCCCGGACCUGCAGAACUGCCGUCGCUUCUACCACUGCUCGAACUACCAGAGGCACCACAAGUGGUGUCCCGCAGAGCUGCACUUCAAUCCGAAGCUGCUCGUGUGCGACUGGCCUCACAACGCCGGAUGCGAAGUCUCAAAGCUGCGGAUAGUGACCUUGCCACCGAUCGAGGAGCCGUGCGUGGCGUACGGCCCGUGGGUGAGCACCAGCGAGCCGACGCCGGAGACCGGAGGUGACGUGGAGGACGUGGCCAGGGUGGUGGCCGAGUCUGGACUCUGUCUCUUUCCGCUGGGCAUCGAGUGCCGCGAGUACGCCACUGACGCCGACUACAGCAAGACCGGCCAGGUGGUCAGCUGCGACGUGGAGCGCGGACUGCGCUGCGUCGACAGCGACCAAACCGACGGACGCACUUGCCUCAACUACAAAGUGCGCGUCAAGUGCUGGACUUGCGCGCCUCCCACGACGACGGAACUGCCAACCGUGCCCCCGGCCGUUCUUUGUCCGGAGGUGGAGGUGACCGACAACGACACUUUCUGCCCGCAAGGGUGCCCGUUCGGAUUCGCGUGCGACGGAGACCAGUGCGUGCACGUGGCCGACUGCCCCUGUGUGCGCGAUGGCAAGAGAUUCCCGGUGGGCGGCAUGCUGGAGACGAGGACUUGUCACGAGUGCCAGUGCCACCUCGGUGGACGGUCCAGCUGUCUUCCUAAGGCUUGCCCUCCUUGUCCUAAGGGUCGACCCCAGACGGUCAGUGCUGACUGCUCCUGUGAAUGUGGAAGUUGCCCCGACGGCCAUCGACUCUGUCCAAACUCUGCAGAAUGCAUUGCGGAUGAGCUUUGGUGCGACGGAGUCGUCAACUGCCCCGACGACGAGACGGACUGUGAACGUACCACGACUGUGGCUCCGUGUCCUCCGCUCGUGACGAAGUUCUGCGCCCAGGGUGAAACCUUGGUGUUUGUGAAAGACGAGCUCGGCUGCGAGCAGUAUGCAUGCGAGUCCGGUGUCCCGCCUCCUGCAACCGCUCCACCUCCAAUCGUCGAGUCCGAGUGCGAGUUGGUCGGCCAUCACUUCAAGACGUUCGACGGUCGAGAGUUUGACUACAGCUACUGCAACCACGUGCUCGUCCGCGACGCUGCUGCCGGAAACAUCAGCAUCUCGGUGCAGAGAAACUGCGCACUGGACGACGAGGCCAGCUGCCCCAAGCGAGUGACGAUCGAGCAGCUGGGUCACCGUGUCGUGCUGGGCACCGACUUGUCGGUUCGCGUGGACGACUUCGAGUACACGGCGAAGCAGCUACCCCUGCUGGCGGAGCGCAUUCCAGAGUUCGAGAUCAUGAACAUUGGCGAACAACUCUACUUCCGCUCCCGAGUCUACAGCAUCGAACUCAAGCUUGACGUUCGCGGCCGAGUUGGCGUCACGGUGAACACCUCCAUGAACGGCACCCUGGCUGGCCUCUGUGGUUUUUUCAACGGUGAACCGUCUGACGACUUCGUGACUCCGUCUGGAAGCCAAGCGUCUGGUGUCGUGGAAUUCGGCGACAGCUGGCCAACGCCCGGUGCGGGAGAGGAGUGUCGUCCCCUUGAAUGCCCGAAAGAAAUGUUGAUAGCAGCGGCAGCCAUCUGCAACAAGCUUAGGGAGGAGCCCCUGUCCGCGUGUCCGGGGCUGGACACGCAGCUGUCCAACUGCCUCAGUGCCACGUGCGAGUGCCUACAGCGUGGAAACGGCACCAGCGAGUCCGAGUGCGCCUGCGAGGCCUACCUGGACGCGGUCACCCACUGCAACAUCGAGAACCGCGACGAGGCGCUGCAGGGAUGGAGGCUGCGACACGGAUGCGUGCCGGACUGUCCACCAGAGAUGCAGUGGCUUGACUGCGGACCGGAGUGCCAGCUGACAUGUCAGCAUUUCUUGAACGGCGAAGUCGGCUGCGCCAGUAAGAAGGCCUGCAACCCUGGAUGCUUCUGCCCACCCGGAACUGUACUUGACGGCGACAUUUGCAGGAACCCCGACGAAUGCGCCGACAAGGUGUGCACCGGAUACGGCGACCCGACCAUCGAGACGUUCGACGGCUGGAAGUUCCAGCUACAGUCGAGUGGGCACUUCGACUUAGUCUCCGAUUCCGAGGGACGGUUCACUGUGGACGGCGUCACCGGGAAGUGCGACGAGCGACUCACCUGCAUCGUGGGCCUCAACGUGGAGCACAAGAAUCACGUGGCACGCAUCAGAAGGCACACGCCGGCGAUCAUCGACGGCCACGAGUACGAAGCGGAGGACCUGCCGUGGAAGGGCGACGGCCUCACCGUGUUCGUGAUGCCCGGACAGGUGACCGUCGUGCUCUUCCGCGAGCUGGGCGUUCAGGUGCGCUACAACGAGAUCAGCGCUGCUUUCACCAUCCACGUGCCGUCCAAGAACUUCUUCAACCGGACCGAGGGUCUCUGCGGCAACUGCAACGGCCAGCCAGACGACGACAAGAAGAAGAAGGACGGCACCAUCUCGGACGACUUGGUCGACUUCAUCUGCAGCUGGGAAACGCAGCUUUCACCCGAGGAAUGCGUCAUGAAUUUCACUGGCGUCGAGCCGACCGCGCCUCCUCCGCCGGGCGCCUGCUCGGAGAUGCUGGACCGGUCGGUUUUCGGCGAGUGUCCGAACCUUGUGGACGUGUCCAAGUACCUGGACCAGUGCCGUCGUGACACCGCCUUGAGCGUCACGGAAAACGCGGCGACGUGCGCCUCGCUCGUCGAAUACGCGCACGCCUGCUGUCGCGCCGGCGUGCACGUCGACGACGCCUACAUACAGCGAUUCUGCAAUAUAACGUGUCCCGGUGACACGGCGUACAUGAGCUGCCAUGACGGCUGCCCGCAGACCUGUGACGCCGAGUAUCAUGCGGAAAAUAGGGGAAAAGGUGUGCCGGCCGUCAAGAGCCACUACCACGCGGCAGACUGCAAGAAGUUGCUGGUUGAUGGAUGCUUCUGUCCUGAGGGAUCGGUCUUCCUGGAUGGCACCUGCCAACCCCGAGAAGUCUGCGAGCUCUGUGAUGAGGAAGGACACAAGGUGGGCGACAAAUGGCAGCGUGACAAGUGCACCCACUGCACGUGCAAGAAAGGCGGACGCGCCGACUGUCAGCACGAGGUGUGCCCAGCGGACCCUGUGUGCCGCGAAAACCAGAAGCUGGUGCGGUUGAGCGACAAGGACCGCUGCUGCGACGAGAAACAUUGCCAGGACGUCGUGGAAAGGUGUCCAGAACUAAGCCUCCCCAAGUGCAGCAAGGGCGACGUGGCCAAGACUAGGACGGACGAAGCGGGUUGCCCCGUGUACUUCUGCGAGUGCGACCCGGCGCUCUGCCCGGCCGUGGUAUGGCCCACCGACCUGGAGAUUGGACAGGAGGUGGUCAUGACGCCACAAGGCUGCUGCGCUACCCUCGAAGCUGUCUGCUACCCGGAGAAGUGCCCGCCCGAGCCUUCUUGCCCACCCGGCACCCAGCUUGUCGCCACGCCCGGGGCAUGCUGCAACAACUACAAGUGCAAAGCCCCCGAAGGAGUGUGCCUGUACACACACCAGUACGAAGUUAACGACGAAGGCAAGGAAGUCCCGGUCGAAGUGCACCACCAGAACGUGUCUUUCUAUGAGGCUAAUAGUAGUUGGAAGGACGGUCUGUGCCGAAACUGCUCGUGCGAUGGCUCCGGAUCUCAGUUCAUGGCGCGAUGCACGCACGAGACCUGCUACGAGAGCGCCGAGCUGCCCGACGACAAGGACUACUACUUGACUGUGGUAGACGUGCCUCUGCGCUGCUGCCCCACCAUCGUUCGGCUUUUCUGCAAGGACGACUACGGCAACAUACGCGAGCCCGGCGACGUGUGGCAGUCUCGCGAGGACCCUUGCCAGUCACACGUAUGCGAGAGAACCGCCGCGGGAGAAGUGCACAAGGUUCUUCGCUCCAUCGUCUGUCCCAAGUGUCCAGAGAAUUCACAGGAAAUUGCCCCGGUUCCGGGCGAGUGCUGUUCACGCUGCCAGGUAGUGGCAUGUGACGAAGCCGGCACGCUGCACCCGGUAGGCACUCGGUGGAACUCGACCACCUAUCCCUGCUACGUCGCUUCGUGCGAGCAGCAGGGUGACAGCGUACGCACUGUCUACAACAGCCCUUCCUGCCCUCCUGUGCCCAAACGGUGCCCUAAGGACAUGAUCGUAUGGGAUGAAAGUCACUGCUGCCAAAAAUGCAACAUUACUACUGUGUCUGAAGAAGUCUGCUCGCCUGCACCUAUGGAGCUUCAGCAAACCCUGAAAAAAUUCACGUACCGCCAUCAAAAGUGGGGACUUUGCAUCAACACGGAGCCAGUUCAAGGAGCGAUGGAGUGUGCCGGAAACUGCGAGUCACAUGCUUAUUUUGCAACCGGCAAUGCAGACGAGCUGCACUCCGACUGCAAGUGUUGCAAGCCUUCCAGCUGGAGUACGGUGAAAAUAGAACUCAGAUGUCAGAACGGGAGAAAGCUGGCGGGAACGUUCAACCAGCCUAUUGCAUGCUCCUGUGCGCCUUGCGUGCCAUAUACAAGAGAGCGAGAAGACCUCCCUGGCAGUCAUGGCUUUCCAGGCGUCAAGGUUCCCUUAACAAACACAAGUAUAUAUAAAACAAUGCAAGGGGAUCAGCCACCUCCAUAUCAGGAGGCGAAAAAACCAAAUAUUGAAGCCGAAGCGAAGCCAUAUAAUCCCCAAAUUAAUGUUCCCAUUGCUCAACAGCCAUUCAGUCCAGAAGAGGAAGAAGAAAACCCAAUCAAGUUCGAGCCAAUCAGCCAAGUUGUUCAAGAUCUCUCCAAACCGGAAGACAUACCAGCACCAAGCCUUCCAAAUACGGUAGAACCAAUUGUUCGAGAGCUUUUCAGGCCUGAAGACGUCUCAGAACCACCAAAAAGACUUGAGCCGAUCAGCCAAGUCCGUCAAAAGCCGUAUAGACCAGAAGCUGAACAAGAACCGAAUCCCAAAAACUUAGGAGGUCCUACCACCCAGGGGCCAUUAAGACCAGAUUACGUCACAGAACUGCAAAAUAGGCCCGAGUCCACUAACCAAAUACAACAGGAACCUUAUACAGCUGAAUACCUGCCAGAACCAACAUCCGGGAAUCCACUAGAACCAAUUGAACAGGAACUGUUCAGGCCCGCAGACGUGACGGAACAGCCAAAGGAGCCCGAGUCUAACAACCAAAUUGUGCAAGAACCAUACAGGCCUGAAGACGUUCCGCAACCAACACCAGCGAAACUGGAAGGACUGAUCACCCAGCAGCCAUCUAGGCCAGAAGUCAUGACAGAACAGCCACGGAGUCCUGAGCCUAUGAGCCAAAUUGUGCAAAAACCAUACAGGCCUGAAGACGUCCCGGAACCAACACCAGCAAAACCCACCGGGCCAAUCGCACAGGAACCAUUCAGGCCAGAAGACGUGACGGAACAGCCAAACGAGCCCGAGUCUAACAACCAAAUUGUGCAAGAACCAUACAGGCCUGAAGACGUUCCACAACCAACACCAGCGAAACCGGAAGGACUGAUCACCCAGGAGCCAUCUAGGCCAGAAGUCAUGACAGAACAGCCACGGAGUCCUGAGCCGAUGAGCCAAAUUGUGCAAGAACCAUACAGGACUGAAGACGUCCCGAAACAAACACCAGCAAAACCGGCCGUUCCAAUCGCACAGGAACCGUUCAAGCCAGAAUACGUGACGGAACAGCCAAAGAAGCCUGGGCCUAUCAGCCAAAUUGUACAAGAGCCAUACAGACCUGAAGAUGUUUCAGAGCCAACACCAGCGAAACCACUAGGACCAAUCGCACAGGAACCCUUCAAACCAGAAGACGCGACGGAACAGCCAAAGGGGCCUGAGCCUAUCAGCCAAAUUGUACAAGAGCCAUACAGGCCUGAAGAUGUUUCAGAGCCAACACCAGCGAAACCACUAGGACCAAUCGCACAGGAACCAUUCAGGCCAGAAGACGUGACGGAAAAGCCAAAGAGGCCUGAGCCUAUCAGCCAAAUUGUACAAGAGCCAUACAGACCUGAAGAUGUUUCAGAGUCAACACCAGCGAAACCACUAGGACCAAUCGCACAGGAACCGUUCAGGCCAGAAGACGGGACGGAACAAACACCAGCAAAACCGGGCGUUCCAAUCGCACAGGAACCGUUCAAGCCAGAAGACGUGACGGAACAGCCAAAAGGGCCUGAGCCUAUCAGCCAAAUUGUACAAGAGCCAUACAGGCCUGAAGAUGUUUCAGAGUCAACACCAGCGAAACCACUAGGACCAAUCGCACAGGAACCGUUCAAGCCAGAAGACGUGACGGAACAGCCAAAAGGGCCUGAGCCUAUCAGCCAAAUUGUACAAGAGCCAUACAGGCCUGAAGAUGUUUCAGAGCCAACACCGGCGAAACCACUAGGACCAAUCGCACAGGAACCGUUCAGGCCAGAAGACGGGACGGAACAAACACCAGCAAAACCGGGCUUUCCAAUCGCACAGGAACCGUUCAAGCCAGAAGACGUGACGAAACAGCCAAAAGGGCCUGAGCCUAUCAACCAAAUUGUACAAGAGCCAUACAGGCCUGAAGAUGUUUCAGAGCCAACACCGGCGAAACCAGUAGGACCAAUCGCACAGGAGCCGUUCAGGCCAGAAGAAGUGACGGAACAGCCAAAAGGGCCUGAGCCUAUCAGCCAAAUCGUACAAGAGCCAUACAGGCCUGAAGAUACUUCAGAGCCAACACCGGCGAAACCACUAGGAACAAUCGCACAGGAACCGUUCAGGCCAGAAAACGUGACGGAACAGCCGAAGGGGCUGCAGCCUAUCAGCCCAAUUGUGCAAGAACCUUACAGGCCUGAAAAUGUUCCGGAACCAACACCAACGAAAACGGAAGGACCGAUUGCGCAGGAACCAUCCAGGCCAGAAGACAUGACGGAACAGCCGAAGUGGCUAGAACCUAUCAGCCAAAUUUUGCAAGAACCUUACAGGCCCGAGGAUGUUCCGAAAUCAAUACCAGCGAAAUCUGCAAGGCCUAUCGUCCAGGAACCGUUCAGGCCUGAUGAUGAGCUUCUCAGGCAGCCUCAGCCAUUCAGUCAAGUUGUCCAAGAACCCUACCGGCCAGAGGAUGCGCCACAGCGCAACUUGUCAAAGUCAGAACUGCCGAUUGCUCAAGUGUCUUCAAUUCCAGAAGUCCUCAAGGAACAAGCUCGACGACCAGGGUCAAUGAGCCAAAUAUCACAACAACCGUACAGGCCGGAGGACGUUGUGGAACAACAGCCACGGAGCCCGUUUUUUCCUAUAAGUCAAGAACCAUAUAGACCAGAAGACACAGCAGAACCUAAGUCUUUCAGUUCAUUUGGCCCAAUCGCCCAACAGCCGUACAGACCAGAAGAUGCCGCAGAACCUUUUGACUUUGGACUCAGUCAGUUUAGUGGGCACGAAGCACCUGUUGCACCAGAACGUGCUGGGCAGACAGAGCAGUUUGCUCCCGGACACCGAAAAAAGGCACGAGGAGGACCUAAAAGAAGCAAGGACAGGAAUAGAAAACCCCUCCGUGGUAUCUAGAGCUGGGUUCUCUUUGAAACAACUUCCGCAUCUCAUCAUAACUUCUGAGCAUAAUCAAAAAACAAACUUGCCUGCAUUGUUUUUUUACCAUGAAGUGAAUAUGUCCAACAAGAAAUAAAGUGUUUUCCUCAUGUCUCUGC